AUAAAUUUCAUACAAGAAUUGAUUUCAAGAAUUUGGGGUUCCUUAGAUUUCAUUUAUGGAGUGAGAUUGUCAUUUGCUAACAUCAACAGUAACUGCAGAAUGAAGAAGAAUCCCUUUUUCUUGUUGUUCUUCAUCGUCUUCAUCACCUCUGUUUCAUCUCUUUCUUCACAUUCACAAGAUCAAUCCAAGUUCAUAUUAGGUGAGGAUAGCUUGGGUCAUUGGAGAAAUGGCAUCUUAAGCUCAUCGGCUGCAGCCGAGGCUCCUGGUCCAGCCAAUGACCCAUCCAGCACACUUGUGCUGGCUGGGUCAAGGACUAGAAGGCUCGACGUUCUUAACCAUUUCAAGCGUUAUAGAGGUGGAUGGGACAUUACCGAUAAACAUUACUGGGCGUCGGUUGGAUUUACAGGCGCUGCUGCAUUCAUUCUUGCAAUAGUGUGGUUUAUCUUCUUUGGAUUAGCCAUGAUCAUCCACCAUUGUUGUGGAUGGAGGAUAGACAUCAAAGGCAAAGAAUCCCGUGGUUCUCAAAGGAUAUGCCUCAUUUUGCUUCUUGUUUUCACAUGUGCUUCAGCGAUCGGCUGCAUACUUCUUUCAGUGGGACAAGAUGAAUUUCAUGGCGAAGCCAUAGAAACGUUAAAUUAUGUUGUAAACCAAUCAGAUUACACCGUACAAACGCUCAUAAAUAUCACGGGAUACUUGUCGCUGGCAAAGUCCGUUAAUGUGGCCCAAGUUUUUCUUCCUUCAGAUGUGAAAGACGAUAUUGACAAGUUGAAUGUUGACUUAGCCAACGUUGCGGGCACAUUGAGGCAGAAAACAGACCAAAAUUCGCAAAAAAUAAGAACCGUCUUUGAUGCUGUGCGAUCAUCGAUGAUUGCUGUUGCAGUAGUGAUGCUUCUAGUUUCGCUUUUAGGCCUUUUUUUAUCUAUACUCGGUCACCAUAACGCAAUCUACAUAUUCAUUAUCGGUGGAUGGUUACUUGUUAUGGUUACGUUCAUUCUAUGUGGAGUUUUCGUGAUUAUUAACAACGCAAUCUCGGACACUUGUAUGGCAAUGGGACAAUGGGUAGAUAACCCACAUGCCGAAACUGCCCUUAGCAACAUCCUUCCAUGUGUCGAUCAAGGAACCACUAAUGAUACGCUGUAUAAGAGCAAAUUAGUCGUUAAUGAUAUCACAAAUAUCAUCAAUGGGUUCAUCGGUACCUUUGCCAACUCAAAUGCACCUCCCGGAGUCAACUCUAAUUACUAUAACCAGUCGGGCCCUCUGAUGCCGUACCUAUGUUAUCCGUACGAUUCUCGGCUGCAAGAUUUGGAAUGUCCUUCACAAGAGGUUUCGAUGGCAAAUGCCUCUGUGGUGUGGCAGAAGUAUACUUGCAGCGUUUCUGAAUCAGGAUUUUGCACGAGCAGCGGAAGAUUGAUACCGGAAAUGUAUCAGCAACUAGUGGGAGCGGUGAACAUAAGCUACGCCCUUCAACACUACGCACCACCGUUGCUGAGCUUUCAAGAUUGCAAUUUUGUACGUGAAACGUUCAGGAUCAUCACUUUGGAUCACUGUCCGGCGUUAGAAGAUCGGCUGCGAAUGGUGAAUGCGGGUUUGGGUCUUGUGUCCGUAGGAGUCAUGCUCAGUCUCGCACUUUGGAUUGUAUAUGCAAAUCGACCUCAAAAGGAGCAGAUGCGAUGGGAAGUGAAGCUUGAAGAUGUUAGAAUUUAAGAUAGUUAUGGUGCCAGAUUCAAGAUGGAGCAAAGCACCAUUCUGGGUUUUGAGCUGCUGCCGUAUAAAUGUAUAUUAAUUACUGGUUAUGUGUCGAUUACACGGAAUAAGAAAAAUGAAGGAAAUUUUGAUUGUU